GAAGUGUGCACACUCAACUUUGGGAUACAGCUAAUAGGACAGGUCGAGCGAUCCGCGUUGAUGGAUCUGGUUUGAAAGCAGCGGCUGGAGCUCUGUCAGAAGUUACAGUCGAAGUCAACAGGAGGUUUGAAAGGCCUGCAGUAUGGCGUGUGCACAGCAAUCUGCUACAGAGUACCUCGAAAAGACCAGGAGCGACCUGGUGAAACACAUGAAAAACCUUCCUCUGAUCAUUGAGAAUCUUAAGCAGAAGAAGGUUUUCAAUGACGAUAACGUCAAUGAUCUGACAGGUGAGAAGACAGAGUUUGAUAAAGCCAGAUGUAUACUGGACUGGGUCAUUAAAAAAGGUGAACUGGCCAGUUAUGAAUUACUCAAGUUUCUGAAUGACACUAAGAAGAGGACAUUAGAUCCUGAUUUACACACCAGGAUCCGCUGUUUUCCCUUCAGAGAUGAAGAUGCAAAGCCCAGCUGUUUAUUUGGUACAAAGUCCUGUAAAAACUACCAGACACAGCUCAAAAAGAAAGCGGAAAGUUUACUGAAGGACCAAAGGGAAAGUUGCUGUAAAUAUAAAGAUGACAAGGUACAAGGAAACUUCAGUUUUAUUCCUCUUGUUUUAGAGACCGGCUCUGCGGUAAAAACUCCUCAAGACAAAAUAUAUUUGAAAAACAAAAAAUGCACAAAACUGAGAGCUUACAUUCCUACCGAGGGUCAAGUGUUAUCACCUGAGGACCUCCUGAGAUGGAAGGACAAAAGCAUCCUCAUCAUCGGCAAACCUGGAGUAGGAAAGACUACAGUGGUCCAGGAAAUGCUGCGUCUUUGGGCAGAGAAGGAUGAGAGACAGAUAGACUACAUGUUUUACUUUGAUCAAAGUGUUCUGGCUCACAAUAGUGUUACCAGCUUGGAGUCUCUUUUGUUUGAUGUGUAUAUAAAACCAAUGGAAAAAGACAAAAAAGAAGUGUUUCAAGAUAUUGAGGAAAACUCUGAGAAUGUUGUCAUCGUGUUUGAUGGUGUGAUGGAUUUGGGAAAAAAAUCCAUCUUGUGGAAGAUCAUGAAGCACGAGCUCCUGCCGGAUGCCAAGAUUGUGAUCACAUGCAGAUCAGAGGAGGAAGAUGAUCCACUUUUCUCUGACUGGCCGACACGGACCGUGUAUGUACAAGGAUUCAGUGCAGAGUCUAUCAACACUUACUAUCAGAAGAUGUUGGGUCAUGAUCCUGUUCUUGUAGAAGCUGUUUUGAAGAAUCAAGAGCUCUUCAGUCUUAGUCAUGUUCCAUUGUACGCAUUCAUGAUUAGACUUGAUUAAGUUUAAAAAUGACACUGUAUGCAACUAUCAUCACACAGUCACUGAAAUCUACAUCCACAUUUUCCGUCUUGCUGUGAAGAAACAUGGGAAUAAACAAAAUGAGCAAAUAGACAAGUAUCUGAAAGAGAAGAAAGAUCAGAUCCAUCCCUUGAUGAAAAAUGCUUUCAAUGGCACUAUGCAGAAGUGCCUGAACCUUUCAGAUUUUAGCAGUGAUGAGACGGAUAUUUGUCAUGCUUUUCUGAAAAUGAUCACAACAACAGACUCUCCAACAUCUGCAACUACACACUGUGCGUUUCUCCACAACACAAUGCAGGAAUUCUUCUCGGCUUUGUGGCUUCUUGGACAUCCAGAUGAAAUUGAGAAAGUCCUACAGCUCUGUCAGACUGAGGAGCAUAAACACAUGAGACAUGUUCUUCCUUUAUUAUGUGGACUUCUGAGUGAACACCACACCAGACUCCUCAAGUGUCUCUUCCCAGAGGAUCAGAUAAAGAAAACAUCUGACCUGCUGAUUGAGAAGCUUUUGGACACGUUUCUUCAGGCUCAGAGUGAGAGUGAAGAGUUUGAUCUUCUCCAUGUGUGUCAGUGCUUGUAUGAGCUCCAGUCUCCUAAAGCCUGUUUAAUGUUCCUGGAGAAGAUGAACCAUCAGAUUGAACCAGAAGUGGAUCUCGAUUCUCAUCAGAGUUGUGCUCUGUCUUAUGUGAUUGGUCAGUGCAGAGAUAAAGAGGUUUAUCUGAAUCUGGACGACUGUGACGUAGCUGAUAUAGGAAUGAUCAUGCUGCUCAGCUGCUCACCAAACAUCAGGUUAAAGACUUGUAAAGAACCGCUGGAGCAAAUCAUAUUCUUUGUAGAAUUCUUCCAUAAAUCAUUAAAUCAAUGUGACUGCAAACUUUCUGAGGUGAGAGAAAGAGACAACCCAGGAACUUUAAAUGCUCUGCUGGAUCUGUGCUCACAUGUGAAGAACUAUGAGACUCAAACAGGCAGAAGUUUUCUUCCAGCAUUACAGUCAGUUUUCCAGUUAAGUGAUGAUGUCUGGAUCAUAGAUCUCUCAAAGAGAAAGAGCUCUGUCCUCCUGGAAGUGCUGAAGCUUCAGACAGAGAAGAAAACAGUCGAGCUGGGAGGAUUGUCAGAGAAAGAGAGUGAUAUGAAGAGUCUCCUUCAGUGUCUGCAACACAUCUCAAAGCUGAGAUUCUCUGAUCUGAGUAAAAGCAUUCUUCAUGAAUUUCUUCUGAGUCUCUUUAUUAAAGCAGCAGAGAUCGAGACACAGACAGGAGAACAGAUGCUUGAACAGUUAGCAUCAGUCUGCACCAGCUCUUCCGACAAUAGACAGACUUACAUAUUUGAUGAUUGGGAUUUCCUGCUGGAUCUGUACUCUCGUGUGAAGAACUAUGAGACUCAAACAGGCAGGACUUUUCUUCCAGCAUUACAUUCAGUUUUCCAGUUACGUGAUGUCUGGUUCAUAGAUCUCUCAGAGAGAAAGAGCUCAGUCCUCCUAGAAGUGUUGAAGCUCCAGACAGAGAAGAAAACAGUCGAGCUGAGAAGAUGUUCAGAGGAAGAGAGUGACGUGAAGAGUCUCCUUCAGUGUCUGCCACACAUCUCACAGCUGAGGUUCUGGUUCUUUAAUGAAGAAACAAGGAUGUCUGCAGUCAGAUUCCUGCUGAAGCUCUUUGUUGCUGCAGGAGAAACUGAUGAAGAAACAAGAUUCUUUACUCUGCUGUCAUCUGUGUGCAGCUACAAAACCUUCCCUUUUGAUGAAGAGGAUUAUAAUUAUUAUGAUUAUGAUCAUGCUGAUGAUCAGCGUGAUUUCCUGCUGGAUCUGUUCUCUCAUGUGAAGAACUAUGAGACUCAAACAGGCAGGAGUUUUCUUCCAGCAUUACAGUCAGUUUUCCAGUUACGUGAUGUCUGGAUCAUAUAUCUCUCAAAGAGAAAGAGCUCAGUCCUCCUGGAAGUGCUGAAGCUCCAGACAGAGAAGAAACCAGUCGAGCUGAGUGGAUGUUCAGAUGAAGAAAGUGAUGUGAAGAGUUUCCUUCAGUGCCUGCCACACAUCUCAGAGCUGAGGUUCUGGUUUAUUCAUUAUGAAGAAAGAAGGAUGUCUGCAUUCAGAUUCCUGCUGAAGCUCUGUGUUGCUGCAGGAGAAACUGAUGAAGAAACAAGAUUCUUGGCUCUGCUCUCAUCUGUGUGCAGCUACAAAACCUUCCCUUUUGAUGAUAAUUAUUAUGAUGCUGAUGUUCAGAGUGAUUUCCUGCUGGAUCUGUGCUCACAUGUGAAGAACUAUGAGACUCAAACAGGCAGGAGUUUUCUUCCAGCAUUACAGUCAGUUUUCCAGUUACGUGAUGUCUGGAUCAUAGAUCUCUCAGAGAGAAAGAGCUCUGUCCUCCUGGAAGUGCUGAAGCUCCAGACAGCGAAGAAACCAGUGAAGCUGAGAAGAUGUUCAGAGAAAGAGAUUGACAUGAAGAGUUUCCUUCAGUGUCUGCAGCACAUCUCACAGCUGAGGUUCUUGUUCAUUGAUGAUGAAGAAAGAAGGAUGUGUGCUGUCCGAUUCCUGCUGAAGCUCUGUGUUGCUGCAGGAGAAACUGAUGAAGAAACAAGAUUCUUGACUCUGCUGUCAUCUGUGUGCAGCUACAAAACCUUCCCUUUUGAUGACAAAUAUUAUAAUGAUGAUGUUCAGUGUGAUUUCCUGCUGGAUCUGUGCUCACAUGUGAAAAAAUAUGAGACUCAAACAGGCAGAAGUUUUCUUCCAGCAUUACAGUCAGUUUUCCAGUUAUGUGAUGAUGUCUGGAUCAUAGAUCUCUCAAAGAGAAAGAGCUCUGUCCUCCUGGAAGUGCUGAAACUCCAGACAGAGAAGAAAACAGUCGAGCUAGGUGGGUUGUCAGAGAAAGAGAGUGACGUGAAGAGUCUCCUUCAGUGUCUGCCACACAUCUCACAGCUGAGACUGUCCAAAGAGACUCUCCAGAAGCUUGUUAAAUGUGUCUAUGAAGCUCAGGAAGAGGAACUGACUCAAUGCUUCCUGCAGAAAGUGGACGGGGAUCUGACUUCCUGUUCAUUGAGCUGGGAAGAGCUUCAUUACUUCCUGCAAUGCAGAAUUCAACAAAUCACUCUGAACCUCAAAAAGAGUAACAUUCAGGCCAACAUCAGAGAAAUUCUGCCAUUCCUGAACCAGGUUAAGUUUAAACGGAUGAGCUCUGCCUUCAUGCUGUGUGUGAUCAGAGAGGUCUAUGAGUCUGGCUCUUCUGGGUUUGUGUCCAGUCUGUUGAGUUCAGUGGAGAACUACAUUAACCUGCAGAGCAGAGAUCUGGACUCUGUUCACUGUGCGUCGCUGCGCUUCACACUGCAGCACUGCACUGCAGCUUCACUCAACCUGCUCUGGACCUCCAUACCAGAGGAAGAGCUGCAGAGCAUUCUGCCUCUCUUCACACACCUCUCCCACCUCAGUGUUGACAGGCUACUGUUGCUGAAGAUGCUUCACUGCUGCAGUGUCUCUGAUGUCCAGCAGGAAACAGCAGCUGUUCUGCUCUCUGUCCUUCAGCACAAGCUGGACUUCUCUUGCAGCUCUGCUCUGGAUCUGACAGCAAACACAGACUCGGAGCCUCUACAUCUGACCGCUGAAGACUGCCGUGUGAUAUCCAGAGUCAUUCAGAGAGCUCAUUCAGACACAAAGACACGGCUGAUUCUGCAGGACUGUGAGAUUCAUACAGCUGGAAUGGAUCAGCUGUUCCCAGUGUUACACUCUGUUCAGCUCUGCUGUGAUAAACCUCUGCUGCUUCAGUUUCUGGCUCAUGUGAGGCCUGAGGAAGCCCCGUCUCUCUCUCAAGCUCUGGGUGAAGAGCUGGAUCUCAGUCAGACUCAGCUGGAUCCACAGGUCUGUAGAGGUCUGGAGCUGAUUCUGGAAUAUUCUGAAGGACUGACAGAACUGGAUCUGAGUCAGUGCCGUCUCACCGAUCACAGUCUGGAUCUGCUGCUCCCAAACCUCCACAAAGCUCAAAUCAUUGAUUUCAGUGGAAACAGCAUCACUGACGCUGGGGCUGAGAAAAUCUACAGUAUCAUCUCUCACAACAGUAACAUAAAGACAGUAAGGCUCUUCAACAACAGAAUUGAAUCCAGACAGCUCUUCAGCACAGACUCGCGAUUUGAGAUCUGGUGAUGUCAGUAAACUCUCUGGAAUCAACAAGCAGAUGAAAAUAUCC